UGAUUCACACCGACUCACAAAGAGUUUUGUGUGGUAUAUAAAUAGAGAUGGAGACAGGUGUUCAUACAGGCUUGGCGUCGCCGGCCGCCGUCGCCAUCACCUCCGCGGUGUCCUUCAUCGGCUCCGGACACUCUCUCCUUGGGCGUCAUCUAUACCUUUCUAAGCCUUCUCUCUCUUCCACUCGGUUCAGCUCGAAUCGAGUUUGGUCAAAUGCAAUUGCCAAACCUCUUGUAGAGCCGUAUCAAUUCCGUGCUGGCGCCGUACCUUUCAUUGGAGGCGGGGGUCGUGCGAUUCUGCAGGACGCCGGAGCGUCGGUGAUGCUCAUGGUCGGCGCGUACGGUCUCGUUUCAUCUUUCGAUUAUCUCACCCAGCGCAACCUCAUUGAACAGAGAUGUUGCGAUCUUGAAGUGGUUUCGGUGAGGAUGAUUUAG